UCGUGUAUUCGGGCCAAUAGUAAUCGUGCGGUGCCUUUGAGAACACGGUACGGUCUCUCUCUCGUUGGUCUUGCCUCUCGUGGUGCGCUUCUCACACGUCACACACGUCGGAAAACGAGGAAGGGCGAAACAACGACGACGACUACGACGAUUACGACGACUACGACGACGACGACGACGAAGAGAAGGAGGAGAAGGACGAAAGUUACGUCGAAAGGAAAUCACGUCGGUGAGGAAAUCCAAAGGAAAAGUCGGAGAUCACUAGUCGGAAAGAGGAGCGAACGCAAAAGGAUUCGUGGGCGAUUCGCGUUCUCGUCUGUCGCGCCUCUGUUUCCGUGCCGUCGUGUUCGAAAGCCGCGGAGAAGCUGCAACUCUUUUUCGGUACCAGGAUUCCGCAGCGGGAGCCGCGCAAGACGAGCCAUCAUCAACAACAGCAGCAGCAACCAACGAGGGAAAAACGCCCCGAGUGAGAGGUAGAUCCACCGGGACACGGUGGACAGGAUCAUCGUUGUCGAAGUCGUCCGAACAGGACGGUCCGGAGCGGGCAUUUACCGCGGCAUUUUCAUCGUGGGCGAGCAACAGCGAAGCGGAGAUACGUCGUCGCCGCCAUGCCGGCAGGUAUUGGCGCUUCGUACAGGUCGUUAGGCGACUUGGGCGAAGACGUGUACAAAAGUACGACGAUCGUCGACCAAACGCAGACCACCGGGCAGAGCGUCCUCGAGAGUGUCAAGAAGGCUUUCAGUUUCGCCUCGCCCAAGGUCGAACUGAGGAAAAAGGACCCGCUGAUCGUGGACCGCCGUGAGAGCGUCUCGAUCGUCUCAAGGGAAAGAAACAGGAUGCCGACCGCAGCCACGCCCGAGAAAUCUGCUCUGUUGGGCACGAUGCCCUCAGAUAGUAUGGACGACAUCGAACUGAAAAAUAUUCAGCUUCAAUUUCCUCCGCUAAGAUGUUUAUCGAGAGAUGACAGUUCCGUGCGAGAGGAAAGGAUUGAAACUGACAAGGGGAGUCUGUUGGUGGCUGUACAAGGGAACCGAGCAAAACCUGCCAUUCUCACUUAUCACGACUUAGGCCUUAACUAUAUAUCGAGCUUCCAGGCGUUCUUCAAUUACAUCGACAUGAGAGUUUUACUCGAAAACUUCUGCGUUUAUCAUGUGAAUGCACCGGGUCAAGAAGAAGGUGCACCCACGCUGCCUGAGGACUACGUCUAUCCGUCCAUGGAUGAGCUGGCUGAACAGCUACUCUUCGUACUGGGCUAUUUUGGCCUGAAAUCCGUAAUCGGUUUUGGAGUCGGUGCCGGGGCCAACAUACUAGCGAGAUUCGCACUUGCUCACCCCGAGAAGGUUAAUGCACUGUGCUUGAUAAACUGCGUGUCGACGCAGGCAGGUUGGAUCGAAUGGGGCUACCAGAAGCUGAAUGUUCGUCACCUGAGGUCACAGGGCAUGACUCAGGGCGUAUUGGACUAUUUGAUGUGGCAUCACUUUGGCAGGGGCACAGAGGAGAGGAACCACGACCUUGUUCAAGUGUACAAGAACUACUUUGAGCGCCGCGUGAAUCCAACAAAUCUAGCACUGCUAAUCGACAGUUACGUCCGUCGUACGGAUCUGAACAUCACGAGGGAAUUAGAUCCAACGCGUAAGAAGGAAGGCCUUACGCUCGGUGUACCUGUAAUGAAUAUCACCGGAGCUUUGAGUCCGCACGUCGACGACACUGUCACGUUAAACGGACGAUUAGAUCCGAUGAAUAGCUCUUGGAUGAAGAUUUCCGAUUGCGGAAUGGUACUGGAGGAGCAACCGGGCAAAGUAAGCGAGGCCUUCCGACUAUUUCUGCAGGGCGAAGGAUAUGUGGUGAGAUCCCCGCGGAAGCCCGUGACGCCGACAACACCCGAAGUGGCACCGCUAUCACCACUAAAAAUGGCUGACUACAGGCUGGCUUCCCUCGAAGGACUGAAUCACGUAUGCAGUAAGAAAAUCGACUGGCCCACCGCCACUAUACACAUCACCGAGAAUCCCAUAUCGGAGGCAGUCGUUUGUUAAAUUCCUCUCGAGAAAUCUCGCAAUUUGCCAUCGUUUGUUUUUUCGUACGACAAAGCAUGCAAGAAUUUAAAAGAAAAAGAAGAAAAAAAAAAGAAAGAAGGAAGAAACAAAACCACGCAAAUUGAUUUCUUUUCUUUUUUUUUCUUUUUCUUUUUUUUUUUUUUAACGAUCGACGUGGUUCUAAUUUCUAAUUUUCGUUUGUCAAACUAACAUCGAUUAUUCGAUAUUGUUAGUUUUAAGCGUAUUUCUAGUUUGAUUUGAUUUGUUUUAAGUUUGCUCUGCGUCCAUUUUAUUUAUAAUAAUGUUAAGAUAUUUACGAAUAUUUCCGAUGGUACAAGACAUUUUGUAGCGAUCAUCAUGCACGUUUCUUUUGUUUAUUAUGUAUUAGCGAUAGAACAAGUUAGUCGAUAAUCUCUAUUUUAAAUGCAACAAGAAUUUUAUCGUUACUACCGUUAUUACACACCGUUGGCACUGGUUAUCGUUUAUGAGAUUUUUAAACGUUCGGUAUAAUUCGGAAUUAAAUGGCGGAUUCACUUAAAAAAAAAAGAAAAAAAGAAAAAAAAGAAAAAUAAGAGAACAAACAUUUUUCGCGAACACACACACAACGUGACGAUUUUUACUGUUGUAAUCAUACGAGAUCUUUGUUCAGCGGAACAACGUGUAUUUUUUUAAAGUUUCAACGAAUGUAAAACCGGCCGUUUUACCGACGGUCGUUUUUAAUAAGACGGAUUUGAAAUUAGGAAUAUGGCGCAUCGAAAUCCAACAACCAUUGCAUUCAUCUACUCGCAAUUACGAUUCUCGUACAACGUCAGAAACAACGAAAUCAUGAUUUUAUUUAACUGCGACUUUUACGAGGAAGCAGAAUGAAAAGAGAACAAAAAGAAAAGAGAGAGAAAAAUAUAAGGAAGCAAAUAUUACAAUGAUGAACCAAGCAAAAGAAGAUCAAGGUAUUCAUUAAAACGCGCGUGAAAGAAGGAAAAGGUUACGUAUAUACGUAUCGUUUAAUGAUGGAACGAUUACGAUCGAUGAUUCUAAAAAUACUAAUAAUUAUUCAAAACUAUGUGCAAACAAAAAAAAAAAAAAAAUCGAAUCGCAUUUAAAAACGAACAUGUGUGGUAGCACUGCAUCGUAGAAAAACGCGCACUGUUGCUUUUCGUGUUCAUAAGGAGAGGUGAGAAAAAAAUGACUGGUAGGUGCAGAAUCAAGGGAGUCAAGUUCGUGGAAAGAGCAUUACGCGCAAUUUCAGCAGAAGCUCUCGAGUUUAUCCAGAGGGACCGACAGAUAGCAAAAUGCGUGAUGUCUUUUUAUAAAUUUGAACCCGUCCAGCCGCGCCUACUGAAAAGUUUUCGCAAAUUGCGAGUAUGUAUCGUCGAGUCUCGUCGUCGCUUGUGUGCAUCCUAAUCGAACACGACGAGCUGGCUUUAUUACUCGCGACAAAUCGACGCUAUUCGAUCGAUAAGACACGUUACACGAUCACGAGCAGACUCGAAUGUGUCGCUGACACGAACGCGCGAGGUAACAAAGGUAGGUAUAUUGACAGAUUAGACAAGCGCCGAAAUAUCUUCGAUUACGUCGCUUGUUCGUCGCCCACCGAAUGCUUUCCAUGUGUUGGAUAGCCAAAAAAAAAAAAAAAAGAAAAAAGAAAAAAAAGAAAAAAAACAAAGCCUAAAGCAAUUGGUCGCGUCGAGUGAUCAUCCGUGUUCUCUCGAUAAGAAUUCUCGUAGGCCUGCACGUGUGAUAUGUGCUUCGUGUUAAAACAGGGAAACCCCGUCCGAGGAUAUUCGCGCGUUAAAACGUCCUCGAACGGCAAAAUCCCAUGGAUAUAAGUAACGUUUCACUUGCCCGGCAGCGGAAGGAACGUUCGUUCAUUUGUUUGCGCUCGCGCACCGUUCGCACCCUUUCCUUAGUUUCAAGCGUUUAGGGAAUACAUUAGGAGGGAGGAUGUGUGCAUGUAUGCAAGUGUGUGCACGUGAAACCAGAGAAAAAGAGGAAACGAACGUACGAGAGCAUGCGUCCGCGUGAUACACAUAGGAACGAGGAUACAUAAUCGUUUGAAAAAGAAAAAAAGAAAAAUAAAGAACGCAAAAAAAUUAAAAACAAAAAAAAAAGAAAGGAGUAUCUGGUUCGGUACCUCAAUACGGUUCUACCAGGCUUCUUAAAGCCUUUAGCGUGAUAUGAUAAGACGUGCCUGCUACAUGAUGUCGUACGUAGCUUUCGAAAGUUUCAACGCCUUUAGUUUUGUAACACAUAUUACGAUUCCCGUACGUCCCGGAUUUUCCCCAAUUUUCGCGCGUCCUUUUAGAACGAGAGCAAUACGCUACAUUCAUGGUAAUAAUCGCCACUGGAAAUUCCACUGAACUCUCUGGUUAGAGCAGACGCUUGACAUUUUUUACAUACCUUACACUUCAAACGAGUGAAACUUAUGCCAAAUCGUUUCAUGAAUUUCCUUAAUAAGUUGUAGGAAAAUUAUCUUUGUCUACAGAGAACUGUACAAAAAUGAGACGAGAAAAAUGAAGAAUGACAGAAUUUCUUUGAAACUCCAAAGUCCUAAUUUUUGUAGUACGGCAUUUACGACCAUCAAUGGCGUGUACUGUGCACGUCGAGAGGAUACGGUUUCUCGAUCGACGAAGAAAAUAACAGAAAGACACAAUAACCGUAUUUCAGUCAGGAAAAUCACAAACGAAGGAGAUGCGCGAAAACACGACGAAAGUCGAAACGAUGGACGUAUCGAGGGACAAAAGGUUUAAUCGUUUCGUGUAAAAGAGAGUUUAUAAAUAAAAGAACGAGUAUAUUCUAGAUGUAUACCUAUGGCGCGUUAUUUAGGCUGGCGAAUUGAAGACAGAUCAGUAGUUAAACAGCUUAGUAUUAGAACUUUGAGGCUCGAUUCUUCGAGAGGAUUGAGAAAAUCCAAAAAAAAAAAAAGGUAUGCACGCAUUAAUCAUUGCUAAAAAAAAAAAAAAAAGAAAAACGCGAGCGCUAUAAAAAAUUACUGUAGCUUCUAAGGACCACCGGACACAUUACCAUUAAUCCCUUCGUUUCCACGUCGCUCUUGGAGCUGCAUUAUAGAAACAUUCAAGAAAGGAUUAGAUCCAUUAAAAACGUUCGAGUCCCACAACAACGUUUUCCCAUUAAUUGUAUUUGAUUGAACAUAUCGUGGAAAAGUGUGAUAUCACUGCGCAUUGUACAACCGUUCAACGAGAUCUAAUCUUAAUGUUUGAUCUUUCAUUGAAAAUGUUCACGAGACGCAUAUCAUUAGUACGAAUUAAUUUACGAAUUAUAUUAUAUUCGUUAUGAUCAAAUGGGAAAAA